AUGAUUGACAAAUUAGACUGUGGGGAAGGUAAGGACGACGCCUACAUACGCUUUGUGCGUAAAACUUCUGUCGUGGAUGCUAAUUGUGAAUUGAGGAAUUAUCCGCUGGAGGACCUAAUCACCCCGCGCCAGUUCGCAGUCAUAGUGUAUCGCAUUUAUGGAUCCAAACAUGUGAUACAAAAUUUGGUGCGCAAUCAAGCUGGAGACGGCACACCGUAUAAGUUGGCCAUUACUCGGCGAAUACCAUUGUGUAAUAAGGAGACAGUGGAAUACAGGGUUGUCAGCUUUCCAGAGAAGAAGACGGUGAUAAUGGGUGCUGUUGCUUUGAACUGUUUCUUGGAAUCUGUCAUCAACCAUCUGCUUGACAGGCAGGCAGCUGGAACUGUCGUUUUUUCAAAUAGUUCAAUUUACGCUUACCCUCCUCAUCAAGUGGCAAGCAGGUCUACUCAUGAUGAUUUAGAGGUCACUUUUGUCUCUAUUUAG